AUAUUCGUAUGUACAUUUAUGCAUUAACGGUUGUGGGCCGCUUUUUGAGCUUCGUGUAUUGCAGAGGAUGACGACCAAUUCGAUUCCACGACGCUUUUGCCAAACGCUCUAACCGGUGUUACCAUGACGCCUCUGGCUGCUGUGCCCAGAGACAAUAACGAGGCUGAAAACGAGAUACCGUUGCUGCCCAUCACGCCGGAGAGCGCUGGUGUCGACGUGCCCAAUAACUUUAUCGGCAUUAACAGUAUUAACCCCGAGGACGUCGACCUCGGCGCUCUGGUCGCGUUCUUCAACGCCAUGAAGGAGAACAGAAACGGCAUGAUCACGGCGGACGAUCUCAAAUCCAUACUAAACGGGCGUAAGCCGGGGCUGGUAACGGCUAAAGCUAGUAGCUUAACAGAAAACACUACUCCUGAACCCACCACCAAAUUACCAACGACCAAUACACUCCCCCCCGAAACAACUACUACUACAGCCACAGCAGAAACAACCACCACCGCUUCUGCCACCGCCUCUGAAACAACCACAACCCCUUUGACUACAACCUCUCCCUCUUCUGAAGGUCCCGCCACAUUCUCGACCUUCCCUUCAAACGUAGUCUUGCAGCAGCGAACUGGAACAGCGCCUACCUUUAGAACCAGCGCCCCAGCAGCGUUCCCGGUAUUCCAACAGCAGCAGGACGCCGAGCAGCUGGAACAAGAGUUCGAAGCCCAGGAAGCCCAGGAAGCUCAAGAGGCCGAAUUCGAACAAGGCGAAGCACACGAGCAAGAACAAGAGCAAAUGUUCAUCCCCUUCCACGGUGAACAGCCACAGACUACAGAUCUACUGCCAUUCCUCCAUCGUGCUGGCAUGAACACUCAGGUCAUCCGCACACAGACCCUCUCCAGCGUCCAGAGCAUCAUCAACUCGCUCCCCAUCGGCCUCAAACCUAUUGUCCUCUUCAGAUCCGGCACUGGCCAGCUGACGGAAUUAGACGCAGGAACCCUCUUACCCCUCCGUCGGUUCGGCCGCUCGACCACCACCACCCGAGGACCGAAGAAGACGCCCGGCGUGCUCGUGACUUGCGACCUAGACGUGUCCCCUUGCGAGUUCACGCCCGUGGGCGCAAACUGGACGGUGGGAUCCACUUCAAGCGAAGGACGGUUCGCGCAGGCCAUCCUAGAUCAAGGCGAAGGAACCCAGCUACUGUUCCAGAAACUGAUAGCGCCUCCCAGCACAGAGAGCGUCUGCGUGGCUGUUUCCCAUCGACGCGACUUAGAAGAAGGAGGCUCCCUUGCAAACGCAACCAUUCCUGAACUUAUGGUGGGCGUUAUGCCAAUAGGAGGCGAGGUCAUUCGCGAAAGCUUGGGCGGCGCCCCUGGGAUGUGGGAGAUGAGCAGAGUGUCCUUCAGCAACGUCAAGACGUCCUUCCUUGUCGUGAUGACCGUAGCCCCUGCUAGUGACAGAGCCACCGUAGCUGUAGACGCUCUGCAGAUCACAGAUGGUCUCUGCUGUAUGUCAGGUGUAUGUUAGAACGAGAAUCACACGAAAAUUGUGCGUGAACGUUUACUAUAUGUUAUCAGUGAUUCUCAGCUUGUGUGUGUGUGUGUUAGCGUGAGUGAGAGAGUGCGUAUACGUGUCUGUCUUGUAUAAUUUGACCGUGGCUUGUUUAUUCAUUAAGCAAAAAAAGGCGCUUAUUUUUUUAAAAAGAAAUAUGAUGCUUGAAAAAGACAAAUUUUUAUCCAAGACGACAAACCACUUUACGAAAUGUCCAAUACCCGAAAACCAUUCUAAACAUAUCCUUAAUCCCGUAGUAGGUACAUAGAAUUUCAGACAUCUGCUAGGACCUGAUCACUCGGUAGCCACCGGUCUUAAACCAAAAAUUUCGAACAGAUUCGAAAUAUCACUUUUCUAGACGAUCAAAAGCAAAUUGCAAGUGUCUACGACAGCACUGUAAUAUCGCGGAUGAAUGAAAGCUUCGUUAAAUACAUGGCCGCUUGUGAUUUCUUAAGUUUAUGAUCAGAAAUAUAUGUUCAAACCGCAGUAUGUAUGAGAGCAGGGGGGAUUCAGAAGUCACCGACGAAGAAGCCUAUGACAAUGAUUCUUUGUUAUCCUUGCAUCACGCCAACUGGCUCCUUUCUGAGGUAAUUUUUUCUUCAUUAGGAGGCCUCAAAGGCGGUUAACAUCACGUUUCAUCAAGAAGAGUGUUGGUUACUUCGUGCAAAAUUUGUUGCAGAGUUGCCAGAAAUCGCUGUCGAGUCGAAUGCACCGAAAACAAUAGAACCAUUGGAUGCGUCGUUGAAUGGUUGUAUUUGAUCUUGUAUGUUUAUUGUGGACCUGUUGACAGUAUUAUUUAUUUUUAUGCCCAAAUAAACUACGUUUAAAGACUUA